UAGUGGUAGUGUGGUGUGCUGGAAGAAGCAAGUGUUUCCUUUGGGCUUGCUUGCUGCUACGUUUAGUAGCAACAUUCUGCCCAUAUAUCUGUUAAGUUUGGCGCGUAACUAACAAGCGUUAAACUAUCUUGCCUAAUAAUAUUUUUUCUGCAUGUUAAUAUUGCAAAUUAGCUGGCGAGGUGAACGUAACCUUGUCUGAAAAGCAUCUUUUAACAUAAUUGGAACACGAAAUUACGAUGCCAUCCCCGAUGGAGGGAUCUUCCAGAGAAGGUGACCUCUUUACCGUGAAACAUGAGCUGAAAAAUGCCAACCUGACGGGCCAUGUGGAGAGGGUGGGCAUUGAAAACUUUGAGCUAUUAAAGGUGCUGGGCACAGGAGCUUAUGGCAAGGUGUUCCUGGUGAGGAAAGUGAGUGGUCACGAUGCAGGAAAGCUGUAUGCCAUGAAGGUUUUGAAGAAGGCCACUAUUGUACAAAAGGCAAAGACUGCCGAACACACGCGGUCAGAGCGUCAAGUACUGGAGCACAUCCGCCAGUCUCCCUUCCUCGUCACACUUCACUAUGCCUUCCAGACGGAUACCAAGCUGCACCUGAUUCUCGAUUAUGUAAAUGGUGGGGAGCUCUUCACACAUUUGGUGCAGAGGGUGCGAUUUAAGGAACAAGAAGUCGCCUUGUACAGUGGAGAGAUUGUGUUGGCACUAGAACAUCUACAUGAGCUUGGGAUUGUCUAUCGGGACCUGAAACUUGAGAAUAUUCUGCUGGAUUCGAGUGGUCAUAUAGUUCUCACAGACUUUGGUCUCAGUAAAGAAUUUGAUCAGGUGGAAAGGGCGUUUUCUGUCUGUGGCACCAUUGAAUAUAUGGCUCCAGAAAUUGUGGAAGGAGGAGAGUCUGGACAUGACAAGGCGGUGGACUGGUGGAGCCUCGGCGUGUUGAUGUACGAGCUUUUGACUGGCGGAUCGCCCUUCACCGUUGAUGGAGAUGAGAACUCGCACACAGACAUUGCCAAGAGGAUUUCAAAAAAGGAUCCUCCUUUUCCCAAAGAUAUGGGACCUCUGGCCAAAGACCUCAUCCAGCGACUCCUCAUCAAAGAUCCAAAGAAGAGAUUGGGCUCAGGUCCUAAUGGAGCAGAGAAUGUGAAAAAACACCCGUUUUACCAGAAAAUAAACUGGGAGGACUUGGCAGCUAAGAAGGUGCCUGCCCCGUUCAAGCCGGUGAUUCGGGAUGAGCUGGAUGUCAGCAACUUUGCAGAAGAGUUCACAGAGAUGGACCCCACCUACUCUCCCGCAGCUCUGCCUCAGAAUUGUGACCGCAUCUUCCAGGGCUACUCUUUCAUGGCCCCCUCUAUCCUGUUCAAGAGGAAUGUGGUGAUGGACGACUCUGUCCAGCUGUGUGGGGGCUCUGAGAGGCCGGGCUCUGCUGCGGUGGCCCGCAGCGCCAUGAUAAAGGACUCACCUUUCUAUAUGAGUUAUGAGAUGGACUUGAAGGACAGUGCUUUAGGAGAGGGUAGCUUUUCCAUCUGCAGACGGUGCACACACAAGAAGACCGGACAGAAAUACGCAGUCAAGAUUGUCAGCAAGAGGAUGGAGGCACAGACUCAGCGGGAAGUAGCAGCCCUGAAGCUCUGCGAUGGCCACCCUAACAUUGUCAAGUUACAUGAAAUUUACCACGACCAGCUCCACACGUACCUGGUUCUGGAGCUUCUUGGUGGAGGGGAGCUGCUGGAGAGGAUCCGCAGAAAGCAACAUUUCAGCGAAACCGAGGCCAGCCGCAUCAUGCGAAAACUGGUGUCGGCCGUCAGUCACAUGCACGACGUAGGAGUGGUGCAUAGGGACCUUAAACCGGAGAACCUGCUCUUCACAGACGAGAGUGAGAACUCUGAGAUAAAAAUCAUAGACUUUGGCUUUGCUCGCCUCAAACCACCAGACAAUCAGCUCCUGAAGACUCCCUGCUUCACCCUGCACUACGCAGCACCAGAGAUACUCAAGUAUGACGGCUACGACGAGUCCUGUGACCUGUGGAGUCUGGGAGUUAUUCUGUACACCAUGCUGUCUGGCCAGGUGCCUUUUCAGUGUCAGGAGAAGAGCCUGACUCACACCAGUGCUGAGGAAAUUAUGAAGAAAAUCAAACAGGGGGACUUCUCUUUUGAAGGCGAGGCCUGGAGAAAUGUGUCCCAGCAGGCCAAGGACCUGAUACAAGAGCUGCUGACUGUGGACCCAAACAAGAGGAUUAAGAUGUGCGGCCUACGUUACAAUGCCUGGCUCCAGGACGACAGCCAGCUGUCCUCCAACCCACUCAUGACCCCGGACAUUCUUGGCUCCUCUACUGCCUCUGUCCACACUUACGUCAAAGCUACCUUUCAUGCAUUUAACAAAUGUAAGCGGGAAGGCUUCCGACUGCAGACGGUGGACAAAGCGCCACUAGCCAAGAGGAGGAAGAUGAAAAAGACAAGUACCAGCACAGAGACCCGCAGCAGUUCCAGUGAGAGCACCCAUUCCUCAUCCUCCUCCUCCCAGUCUCAGGAGAAGACUUUUCCAGAGGACAACACCAAGCUGCAGCCCUCCAACAGCACGCCUCUCAUCGUGCCCAUCAACACACCCGCGAGUCUGGGGACAGACUCUGAGCACCAACCAAUGCAUCCAGCCUUUCACUUCUCAGAAGAACAGUGAGACAGCGAGAGGAAAAAGGGAGAUUCAGACAGCUUCAUGACCCACAGGACGGCUUGGAACAUUGUGGAGACCGCUCUCUUCUUCUCUCUGUCCCCGGCAGCUCUCUGCCUCUGGCUUGAUUGCAUGGACGUCCGCCCGUCUCCAAAACCAAGCAUGCAGCAGGAGCAGCAACCGUCACCUCAGUAUCUAUCAAUCAAUCAAUCAAUCAAUCAAUCAAUCAAUCAAUCAGUCAAUCAUCACUAGCAAUACCCUAUCCCUUUUCUUUCUCUCUCACUUUCAAAGACGGACUGUGUCAAUCAGGGACUGGACCAGGAAGAAGUUGUCACCAGUGUCCAAAAUGAAAAGGGCUGCCCUACUGCCCCAGGUCCAGACAAACAAUGGAGAGCCAUCUUCAGUCUCUUCAUAAAACCGCAGCUCUCGCUCUGUCCGCUCCAUUUACCUGUCUUUGUCCAUGCCUCCAGAGGUUUUAAAGGGAAAGUUGUAGUGUUUACACCAUGGACGCUUUGUAUUUUUUUUGUCAAAGGGAGAGCAGAAAUGCAACGUGCUGCUGCGUAACGUGGGUCCUUUUCUGGGAAGUCUCUGCAAGAGGGAGCAGGGUAUUUAUAUGUGAAUUUUACAACUGAGAUUUAUUUAUGAUAAGCUAUAUUGUUAACUUAUUUAUGGUUCAGACUGACCUAAAAAUAAAUAGUGAAUAUAGUGAGUCUUUAGAAGAAAAAAAAAGACAUUUUGUGUAUGUGUGUGUUUUCCUAUCCGCUCUAAAGACUGUUUCCAUGUAGUCAGAUGGUUGUUAAUUCAUCUUUGUAAUCAUCUUAGACAUGAAUGCCUGAAGUAGGUUAGAGACACAGUUAUGUAGACAUUGUAAGACUAUUAUAGGCAAGAAGAGAUUAACACCAUUAGCUACUGGUUAAUGGAUGUCAAAUUUAUCUAACCAAAGUCCUUUGGACUCUAUUUAUGGUGGCUGGUGAAUUUUGAGAUUGAACUGCUGCUGUGUCCAGUUGUCAAAAAAAGUAAUUUCCUUGUUUAAAGAAGCAAAAGUGUAAACAUGUUUUUUUUUUAAAAAGCAACCAAAUAUGGAUGUAGUAUGUUCAGCCAAAUCUGGGGUUUUAUUGUUCUAUGGGGAGUACAGCUGCCCGAGGGGAUAUGACCCUACAAGAGCUAUAUUUAGACUUAUUUUUGCCUCCAGUGUGGGAGUAUGACCACUGCUGUUCUUCAUAGUCUGAUCAUUCUAGUCAGUAUAAGCCCAGCAGUGGAUUUGCCUUGUGUGGUAUAGGACUUAAUUGCCUCAUUAUCACUACAACCAAUUGGAUUGAACAGAAUAUCCCUAAUGGAAAAUUCCAAUCAGCUUAGUGUGAGGUGAAUGCGUCAAGGAAUUUAGGUUGAGUUUUUUUGAGAUCCAAGACGCCAAAGGGCAGCUUCAAGUAGCUUCCUUUUCAGAUGAAAGAAAAUGAAAAGUUUUAUGUGCCAAAAAAUGCAAUUAAAUCAGGUAAUGGACAGGUUUGAGUCUAUAAGUUAAGGGUGGUGAUAUUUUAAGGCAAAAUAGUUGCCACUUGUGUCACUGCCUAAAGUCUGACAACUACUGCAAAACAUCUACUCUUAAUGAAAACAUCAAGUCCAUGAGGACAGACCUCAAACAAACACUCCUUCUAUUAUGACACCAUCCCUUGCUCUAUUUACCAUGUUGUACUGCAUGACUGAAAUGGUGAUCUUUGCACUGUGUGACAGCUCUCACUUUGAGGCAGAUAUCUGGUUAGUGUUAAGUCCUCUGUGCAUGAUGUUAUCUGAAACUUUACUUUUUUGUUUUAUUUUCUGGGCUUUUAUUUUUUGGCAGAUUCUUACUUUAUUUAUUGUGAGUUUGUUUACUUGCUUAUUUCAAUAUCCCCGAUUUAAUUCGGGACUUUGAAGUUUUGCCCCAAUGUUACAAUACUGGUGUUAGCCAGGAUAGUUUGGCAAGUAAAUAUAAUGGGUAUUUGUGUUCAGUACUAUAUGUGAAGCUGCCUAGAACCAGUUUCUCCUGCUCAAUCAGGAUAGAAAUUCCAAGUUGGACUACUGUGUGCAUUUAAAUACAAUUCCUCAUCUUCUUCCGUUUCAAUGCACUGAACCAAAGCUUUAAUCUCAAGCUAGCUGCUCUAAGCUGCAUGAGAUGUUUCCUUUCAUGCAAAUAUGCAAAAAAAUGCUUCACAUAUAUCACGGUUUAUGAUGGUUUUGUCCAACUGGUAAAAUAUGUUCGAUGUUUCUAGCACAGAUCAUUUUGUAACAGCAAAGUCAGUGUGUUUCUUCAGAGAUUCUUUAUAGGAUCUAAAAUAUUCAUACCCAGCACAUUAUCAUGCUUAAAACUAUGCAUCUCUUUUCGCUCUUAUGUUGCCCUUGCCAUUUCAAAGAGACCUCGCUAAAUGGGUCCAGACAUAAUGCUUAAAAAGGGCGUAGCAUGAUGUACAUUUACUGUACUUUUACCCUAAGAGCAUCAGCCACAAUGGAAAUGGCAAAGUGGAAUGCAUUGCCUGUAUGAAAAGCUGGAAUCCUUGAAGCUGAACACUACAAAGCUCUUGUCUAACUUAGUUCGCAUGAGUUCCCCGUUGCUGCCUCAUUAAGCCUCUUUUCUUUUGUUUGGGUGUAUUAAUAGCUCAAGUGGAGGAAGAGGAAAAGUGUUCCCUCGGUUAAGGUUCUGAUAAGAACCUUUUUACCUUAUUGCAACAUUAAUUAGAGGGCUGGUAGUUUGAAGUGUUUUGUAAAAAAAAAAAAAAAGACUGUUAAUCUGCGUUUUGGAGUCAAAGGAUUGGGCUUUGGAUAUUCCUGUGUGCUUCUGUCAGUGGAGUUGUGUAUGUGCUAAGAGACAGAUGUAGGUGCCAAAGCUGGAAGUGUCGUCUUGCACUGAAAGCACGGCUUCUCAGUUUGGUGCUUAUGUGCAUGAACUGUCUGUGAAACUGAUAUUUUUUUGGACAGAUGCUGUCACUAGUGUGAGUGUUUUUUGGUCAGCUUUUAUUAUGGGAUCAUAUGGAGCUGUCUGCGGUGCUGAAUUGACCAAAGCUCUGGUGGUGCUGCAAAAACAAGUGGCUUUCCACAAUGACUCGUAACAAUGUGAUCCUUCAAAGCAGUGAUUCCCAACCAGGAGUACUUACCAGGGUGUACCUGGAUAAUUUUAAGAACUAGGAAUUAUUGCUAAGGAGAAAAAAAUGCACCAGUAGGAUUACAAACUGGUAUGAGGUUAAUCUUAAAGGGGAACCCCACGGAUUGUACAUAUCAAAGUCUGUUUACAGGAUAGGAAGUACUGCUGCAUAUGUGAUUUAAAAAGUGGUAUUAAGUCUUGUAUGGCUCCAGUGUGGCGUUUGAAAGAAGUGAGCUUACCAGACCAGAAAUUAUAAAAAUUAGAAGAAACUUUAUUAUUAUUUUGUCACAUACAACCGUACAGUGAAAUUCAAUUUCUGCGUUUAACCCAUCCUAAGCGAAAGCCACAUACAGCGUCCAGGAAGCAACUUAGGGUUCAGUGUCUUCUUGUUUAAGGACACUUUGACAUGUGGCCGGUGGAGCCAGGGAUCGCACCGUGAAUCUUGUGGUUAAGGGCCGACCCACUCUACCUCUGAGCCACAGCCACCCACAUGAUCUAUAAUUAAUAGUGUUCCUGUAUAUGCGUUCUUAUGAACAUUUUUCAUUGAAACUACCUUCUCCCAAAGAAAUUGUUUGGGUUUUUUGUUUGUUUUUAUAAUUUGAGGGAAACUGAUCCUUUAGAGCUGUG